AAUCAUUGAAAAUACACCUGGUUUCUCCUCGCUUUCUUUCUCUCUUUCUCUCUCUAUCUCUCUCUUCCUCUCCAUCUCUGUCUCUCUGGCAGAUGCUCAACUCUGAUGUCCUUUUGUUUAUUUGUGCUCGGCAUCCCCGAGAGUUCUCUUUAUAUACAUUGUAAAAAUACAGUGAAUACGUAUGUAGUAAAAGUGUUCAUCUUACUCGUUUGGUUGCUCUCUAGUAGUCGCAACUCGCAAAAAAUGACGCGAUUCAUUUUGCAAUAAUUGAAGAAAAAUCACGAGAAUACCCUUGGUGAUAACUGACAAAGUCUUAAUAAAGUAUAUCCUAAAUGAGCGAGUAACGACAUGAGUUCGCUUCAGCAAACUGGUAGAUUUUUGCCAUUCUCAACCAACAAUAUUCAGAGAAAGCAAUUAUCCACUCAAGGUGGAUUGCCUCAGAGUUUGAGCGGAAGCGACACCGAUGUUUCUACUUCCAAUGAAAAUUUGAGCAACGAAGAACGCUACGUUAUAAGACACACAGCACGUCAAGAGCCCCAGGGCCAAGAAAAUCAACAGCAAAGCCCAUCGAGAUCUUCCAGCCAUAAAGAAAACAUACCAAAUAUUCAGGGGAAUAUACACAAUAGAAGUAGUUUGAAAGAAAGCUUGAAUGGUUCGAAUCGGAAUAGCCUGAAGGAGAGUCUGAAUGGCUCAAAUCGAAGCAGUCUCAAAGACAGUAUCAAUGGUUCCAAUCGAAAUAGCUUGAAGGACAGUUUGAGCAAUCGCACGAGCAUUGGUUCGAACAGGAGCAGCCUCGAUGUAUCGACGAGCUCGUACAACACUCUCAUUAUUCACAAUGCCAAUGACGAAAAUGCAUGGUCACCGUCCGGUCGAUUGUCGGGUAUAAUACGAGAACACGGAGAUAUGGGCUAUUUGUAUUGCGAAGGCGGGGGCAAAGGUCACUCGAAUAGUCCGACAAUGCAGUCACUAUCGAGUUUACAACACGAGGAUCGUUACUACGAUCAAUCGAGUAACAGCGGUUGUCAAGAAAUAACGGAUAUUCCCGACGAUUAUCUUAGUCAAUCUCAGGUCCUGAAACAUCUUGCGAAAGAAGUCAAGGUACCGGCCUACGGGAAAAUAGCUAGUAAUGGAAGCAGCUUGGAAAUGCGGAUCCGAGAUAACGAUCGUGGUAAACAGAACUCCAAUGAAUUUACCGAAAGGCAGCCACCGUCUUACACAUCUACGCUGUUACCAUUGAAAAGCAAACAUCGACUGCUAGGACCUACCGAAAAGCUUACGCUUUCACGAUCACAGCCCGAUUUAUCGAGAAUCGGAAAAUUGGAUCUGGACAAUUAUGAUUUACGAGCCACAUCUCCGCGGCCACAAACGAAAGGUCGAGAAGAGAUUGAAACCGCUGUAGGCGAAACUUGGCCAGCUUCUGAAAUGGUACAAAUCGUGAUACAAGAAAAUAGCGCUUUGAAGCUCGAAUUGGAGCGUUGUUUCAACAAGGUUGCAAAAUCACAAAAAUUGGAGCUCGAAAUAUCGAAAGUACAUCGUGCACACGAGGAGUUGGCUGCCUCUUGUGAACGCCGUGAAAAACUCGAACGUGCUGCGAGGUUAAGGCUUCAGAAUGAUUGUCGAAGAUUGACAGAACUCAAUCGUGCGCUGCGAGAUCAGAUCGAUUUGAUGUCCUCCCGAUCGGAUAAUCCACCGAUUGUUGAAUCUAUGAGAAAAGAAUUGACACAACGGGAGUUAUUGAUAGGUCAACUUAUAACUCAGAACAAAGAAUUGGCAGCAGCUAAGGAGAGACAGGAAAUUGAACUUGCAGCUCAACGAGCAACUCUGCAAGAACAACGCACGCAUAUCGAUAUAUUAGACACCGCACUGACCAACGCACAAGGGAAUGUUGUACGAUUGGAAGAAGAGUGUCGCAAGAAGCAAGUUUACGUGGAGAGAGUCGGGCAGCUGCAACGAGCUCUUUCGUCGUUGCAAGCAUCGAGCGAUAGACGCGAAGAAACCGAGCGACAGUUGAGAGGUCAACUUGAAAAAGAAUUACGCGAAGGUGGAAACGGAGGUUCCCGGGGAUACGAAACGUCCAAUAAUGGCGAAACGAUAGCGGAUUUGAAACGAAGAUUGCGCGAACGCGAUGAAAAAAUUAUGUCACUCGAGGGUGAUGUUACGAAAUGGGAGCAGCGAUAUCUCGAAGAGAGUGCUUUGCGCCAGGCUGCGAUUGAUGCUGCGAGUCUUCCCAAAGACGCCAAGAUAGCCGCAUUGGAAAAAACGAGUCAGGAUUCUGAGAAACUUAUCGCAGAGGCUCGAUCCGAAAAGAUGCGUCACAUGGACGAAGUUCAUGCUGCACAAAAAAAAUUGGCUGAUCUCGAAUCUAGAAUGAAAGAUCUCGAGUCAAAACUGGCCGAGAGAGACGCGAUGAUUCGGGUUCUACAAAAACAUACGUAUGACAAAGACAGUAGCAGCAGCAGUGGCGUUGGAAGUUAUCCGGCAGCGCACUCGUCUCAUUCCAGUACAUCAGCUGAUCAUACAGGACUUGCGAGUACUCCGGAACUCGUGAGCAGCGUUUUAGGUGGUGCAAGUGGCUACGGUAGUACAGGCUCGUACGGAGUAACGGACAAUUACAAAUAUAGAAAACAGGGUAGCUUUGAGCAAACGAAUAAGAGUCUUGACGAUCAACUGAAAGAACUAGAUUCCCAACUACUCAGCAAGAGGGCACUUUGCUGUUUUCCAGGAUUCUCUAAUCCAGGCACUGCGUCGAGAAAAGGAAAAAUAUCCAAGCCACUAUUGGCGGGUGUAGAUAGCACAGGUAGUUCGAGUACAGCGUCGAGCAAGAGUCGUUUGUUGGACGAAUCGGUAGUCGAGGGAACAACGAGCGGUGGAGGAAGCGGCGGCGGUGGCGGGGGCAGCGGCAGCGGCAGUAAUGGCGGCGGCGGUGGCGGAGGUGGUGGUGGUGGCGGCGCCGGCGGCGGUAUAUUGGAGUUCGCUGCUGCUGCAGCGAGGCUCAAGGGCACGGUGACGCGUUUAUCGGAUGAUAAACCGGAGGACAUGAUGUUGCUCGAGAAGCAAGGUCGUAGCUCCCAGAGGCAAAGAAUGCAGGAGGGUGAGCCACGGAGAGCGGGUAGUUUGCCACCGAGUUCCUUGCCGAGGCCGCCGAGAACGAUUAAAUCGAUUAAUUCGCGUUACUGUCGCUUGAGCAGCGACACGGAGACGCGAAAAAAAUCGGACCCUGGUCCUUCGAUCGACGCUGCGUCGAUAAAGACUACCGCCCGUGAUUCGGACAAUUGUAGCCUCGAAUACGGCAGGCUUUUGGCCAAAAGUCAACGUCGCAAAAAAUCGAUCGGAGCCGAAACAACUUUCUCUACCAAUUCGUCCUCGUUCGUCCAAACGAAUCCCACCGGUUUGAAAAAAACAUCAGCCAGCGGAGCCGGCGAAUACGAACGAUUGAACGAGAACGAUCGCAAGAAACAACAGAGCGACGUUAAACACCGAGAGACUCAAGGGCGCUCCUUGAUACCACCACCGAGCCGUCGGAUCGGUGAAUACGGUAGACUCAGCGAUGGCGAUGCCAAAGCUACCAUGAGAAAACAAACCGGUAGCUCGCGUGGCUUGAGCACCGGUAGCACUCUCAGUAGCAAAAGUGGUACCCGUGAUUCCGGUGGCACAGCCAGCAGCGAAGCUUCGACCUACUCUCUUCCCCCUACCAAGGCUAGAUCUAUACCUCGCCCUAAUAACUACAGAAUACAAUUUUGAAUCGGGCGAAACGCAUCUCUGCCUUACCUUACAGAAUCACUCGUCCCUCUUUCGUCUUUUCUACAUAUUCGUUAUAUUCGCCUCUAAAUUUCGGCCAACUUUCCACUCAAAUUCACACCUCGGCAUUGAGAAAGGCUAGAUGAGGUUUCACCCUUCGCCGCAUCCUUUUUUUUAUCGUUUGAAAAGUAGUUUCGCGGGAGAGCAACGAGAAGGGACGAGGUUUCAUCAUUUAAAAUUCAGCCAGGUUUCUCUAUCUUUUUUUCUUUCAUCGAAGAUCAAAGGCAAAGAAUUGACAUCGUUCUGUUAUUCAAUUAUUCGUAUGAGCUCACUCGCAGCUGGCUUUAUGUGAUAUUCGCGGUAAAUACGUUACACAAAUUUGUAUAGUCGGAAUACAAAAAAAAAAGUCACAAUUUUAUUGAUCAUAAUUCAUAGAACGAGCAUUUUCGCAGCAUCAUUUUCCCACGAACGCUAAUAAUUAGGAAAAAAAAGUCAAUUGAGAGCGUGCAUAAAGAAAUUUUGCGAAAUACAAAGAGAGGAAAAAACUUAUCCGUUUAAAGUAUAUUUCUGGCUCGUAGCGUAUAGUCCAGGAUGCGGCGAAAGGCUAAAAACAGAAACGUAGUUUGAACGAGUUGAAAAAAUCGGUUGAAAAAUUCCCUCCCAAACAUUCGUGCCACAAUGGUACGAACGCGUCGUCGAGCAUUGAACAAAACUGGAUGAAUAUUCACGCCGAAAAUGGGUGCGUUGCUUGAAUUUUUUUUCUUCAGUAAAUAAUCGAGCGAUCGAAUAACGAGCGAAAUAUUAUUUUCACAUCGUUUUUACUAUGUACUACGAAUAUCACAAUAAUGUCAAAGCAUUCAACGAAAAUUGAAUGUCCAUAUAAUCACUUGUUCGAUCGUAUUGCAAAUGAAAUCAUUUGAAAAAUCGUAAUUUCAUACUAGCUUUGAAAGCUAACGCGUGCCUUUGAUACAAUUAAUACAAUGCGUCGAAUUGACAUUCGCGCAUGGCCAUCGCCGAGAUUGCUCCGCGGUACAACACCGUACGAAGCCAUAACAAGCUACAAUUAGUUUCUCAUCAAAUUAUUAUUAACUUCACAUCUCCGAAGCGUUAAGGAUUUUUGUCCCCUUCCUACUUCGUUCCCUCUCUGACGAGCGAAUUAUUACGCCAUAAUAAGAAGAUAUGUCUCAUUGUUAGUAAGACCUAGUCAUUACCAAAGUAACUUUUAGCGAGGUGACGAUAUUUCAAUUCACGACGUUGUUCUUUCCUCUAUUUUUAUCACGAGUCUGUCGCUUCUAAGCCUCGCUCAAAUUUUCGUGCUCUCAAAUUUGCCGAGUCAACAAAUAUAUCGGACCGCGACACGACUAAUGGUUACCCGUGCGUUCCGAUCUUAUGAGAAUACAUUUCCGCGAGCGUGCCUGAAUUAUUUCUCGAACUAACGUUCUUCUGACAGGUGGGGGUCAGUACGCUUUUUUUUACUGCACACUCGUCAACCACGUCCGCGGUGAACUCGUUCCCGCACAAAUGACUGUAGAUGUCACAAAAUAAGCAACGAGUGCCGUUUUCUUGUCCAUUUUGGCCUAAAAAGAGACAAAAAACAAUUGUGCCUUCGAAACGAAGAAUACAGGGUGGUUCGAACGAAAUGUUCCAAAAUUUUCCCAUCUUCACACCAUCAUUUCGUAAAUUCACUUUGCCCAUGAGACUGAGAUGAAAAAACAAACAAAUAAACAGUGAAACGAAAUUCAUAUGGUUCGACAGGAAAAUAAAAUCCACUCCUUUGUAUCAUUCUUCAGUUUUGUAUCAUGUACUCAUCUGUACAUGGAUUUAUUUCUUCAUUUGUGAAGUGAGCGAUACGUCGAUUCGUAAAAUCUGAAGAUAAAAAACGAAACACCAAAGUGUUGUUCUUCUCACUAUUUUUAACAUGCAGUUGACAAAUCAUACUUUUCCCCAUUUAUAGGUACGCCCUUUUUGCGACGUAUACACGUACAUGUAUCAUAUAAGAAAAGAAAAAUUCUAUACAAAAGGCUCCUAAUAUAAUAAUCAUAUUUAUUUUACUUGUCUGUUGAAUGAGCAUUCGAGAUCCCGCUCUUUAACACUGAAGCGAGCGUCUCGCAUAUAUUCGGAUGAGUUUAUAUACGCAGGAUGUUAUUUUUAAAUAUAACGUUAAUAUCGGAUUGUGAUUGUAGCGUAUAGUUUAGUUGAGUAGCAGUAAAUACAGAAAUAAGAAGAAACAAUUUUGACGCGUAUCUUGAAAAUGUUAAAUUUACCCCGGUGUGCCGAAAAGAGAUUGGUAUAGUGAAUAAUUUUUCAAAAAGUAUUCCUUUUGUAUUUACCUAUAUUUUUCUAUUAUUAUUUAUUCGCAAUAAAAAUAAACGAUGGGUGUAUUCGAUUGUUGUCCAUGGAAUAAGGUGUUUUGUGUUCCACUUGAAAAUCUUGUUCGAUCCAAAUUUUGGUACUCGACCCCAAGACUUUUUGUGCUAUUGUGAGAAUGUUUACCGAAUGACGCUGAAAAUUGAGAAACUCAUAACAAUCCCAAAUACGUUGUUGAUUUAUCGUUGAAAACUCAUUUAUGAAAUUCUGAAUGUGAUGACAGUGCGAAAGACGUCUGAAAUGCUUUUUUCGAUAUUGAUGAACAACUCAAUACCAAAAUUUUCAUACGCUUGUAUAUUUGACAAAGAACCCAAACAUCUUCGGUUUUCAUGAAAAUAUCGAUGUAGCUGUGAAAGAAAUCACCCUGAAAUAUUUCAUAUAAACGAGGCUUUGAAAAAUUUAUAUAGAGAGUGUGAAAAUGUACGAAUGACGGACCAACGUUAAUAAAAUCUUUCGCAUAAUAGUAACGUACCAAUCUCUACGGUAUCAACGGGCCGAAGAAGUAGAUAGAAAAAUAAUUCAUCCAUUCUGUUAUUAUUAUUAUUAUUAUGCUUAUUAUUAUUACUCUCAAUAUCAUUUCAUAAUUAUUGUAAUAAUUUGAGAUUUAAACGAACAAAAAAAGGAUAAAAAGUCCUUGCCAAUGCAUAAGAGCUGAUAGUUGUUGAUAGUCUUGCAUUAAAUACGAAAUCUCAAUGAUUGUGCGUACUAAUUGUGUGCGAAUGCAUAUUCUUGUAUGUUGUAUAUGGGCGGGCAAGCGUGCGCGCGCGUGGGUGCGUGAGAUUCAUUUUCCGUGUAUUAACGUAUGUCGAUAAUUCAAUAUUUCGAUGUAUCGAGAAUUUCGUCGAUGGCAGUGAAGUUUAAGUCGUUAGAAUUCGACGGGAAUUGCCGCUUUCGCGCGUACGAAACGCAUGGUGUUUGGUCAUUCGUUUCAAUGACAGUUCGCUGAAAGUUGAAUUUCCAACUUUCAGUUAACGCAACGCAGUUAUUAUAUAAAUUCGAAAAAUGUAGUCCAUUAUUUCUAUUCCAUUUCGUAUUUAUGAACCAAGCUGUUUUUCGUUACCACGAAAAUCGUACAAUGUGUUUCGUAUGAAGAACAAACAAUUCAUAUUCCAAUAACCACAGUGAAACGCAGUGAGAGUCGUUCAACUCAACUGAAUUUUCCAAUCGCUAAAUUUUUAUACGGUUAUCCUGUAAGCUGAAAGGGAACCUCCUAGAUUCCAAAGUGCACUGAGAAAAAAAGUCAUUGGAACAACGAAGUGUGACGUUAAGGGGUGCCAAUGAAAUAUACGAUCAUGGCAAGGUUAAACACGAUAAAUCGAGUAAAAUAGCUUUAGAUUAAACUGCAGAUUCAUUCUCUCCGAAAAGAAAACUCUUCCAAUAACAUCAAUUGCUAUUGAAUCAAUUUUUUUCCCAGUGUGGGGUAACACCACCAUUUUCUCGUUCUAAUGCAUCGAAUUUAAAAAUUUGUUCACUUCGUUAUCCCUCAGAAAUCUUGAGCCACGAAUAAUCGGGGACAUGCUUUUUCGAUUCCAUCGAUGCAAACAUACAAAAAGGAACUCUUCGUUAUUUAAUGAAUAGUAGACAAACAGCAUCGAAAGCGACAAUUUGCCACGAAGAGAAAAAGGCGAAGAGCGUUUGUGUGAGUGGGCGCGCGCGCGCACGCGCGCGUGAGAAUGAGAGAGUGAGAUGAACGAGUACCGAGUAUAAAUCUCGUAAAUAUGCAAGAAUACCAAAAUCUAGUAUCGCCAAAGAUGCAUAUCUACUCAGCCCCCGCCUUCCUAGCCCCUAUCCCGCGUCUCUAUACGUCGUGUCCAAAUAUUGUUCCUAAAAUAUUUCCGCGUGUCACGCGUAUAGUGAUCGUCGUAAGUUCGAAAAACGACGACGUAACUGUAUUAAGGCGAUCGCAGAACUCUUUUAACGUUUGCUCUCUAUUUUUUAUACGGCCGUAUUAGUGAAUUUCGUCGACUCAUUCAUACCUCUCAAAAACAUUAUUUAUUCACGAAAAUUCCGUUUCUUCCAAUUCAUUCUCAAAGAUUCGAAUGAAUUUAUUUUAUUAGCGGUUGCCACCGUUAAAGUCUCAAAUAUGGUUCUUCACUUUUACAAAUCAAACGUCAUUUUUAUUGGAAAAUAUUAAUCCGCCCUCAUCGAUUUUUUUUUUCAUUAGAAAAAGAGACAAAAUGAAUGAUCAAAGUGGCACAACCGUGGCGCAAAAACAAAGACUCUUCCGAUUCUCUGGAAAAUCAAAUAAAUAGAAAAAAAUAAACAGGCUAGAAAAUAGAAAGUUAAGCGAAAAUAAAGUUAGGAAGGGUGUUAUAAAUGCGAAAAAGAGCGCAAGGUUAGCGCUUGUAUGUCUGUUAGCUUUACUAACCGGAGAAUAAACCAUUAAAAAUUACCAAUUAUUGUAAGUUUUUAUGGAUAUAGAAGCUUCGUAUAAAUGGAACCGUAAAACAAAACGCAAAAUAGAAAAAAAAACAGGAGGAAGGAAUGACUAUAGUCGAUCGAUGUACAGGAGGAAAGAAAUACAAACUGUUGAAAGUUAA